AAAAAAAAAAAAGACAGUAGGACUGGGGACAAUGGUCAUGAUGCCGGUAAUAGGGAAUCUUGCUGACAAACAUGGAAUCAAGGCAUUGCUCACUCUUCCCAUGUGCCUCUCCAUUGUCCCUCCAGCGAUACUAGGGUAUAGAAGGGAUACGAACUUUUUCUACGCAUUUUAUAUAAUCAAGAUUCUAUUCGACAUGAUCUGCCAAGGCACCGUCGACUGUCUCGCUCAAGCUUAUGUGGCAAAAAAUGUUUAUGGCAGAAAAAGAAUAUCAAUGUUUGGAGUUUUAGCAGGUGUCAAAUCAAUUUCCGGAGUUUGUGCCACAUUUGCAGCUCGUUUUCUACCUACAGCUUCGAUCUUUCAGUAUUUUCUGAAAGCCCGCUUUGGGUUCAACAAAAAUGACUUUGCUCAGCUCUUCCUGUUGGUUGCGAUCAUUGGCUCCAUCUCCCAGCUGUUUAUAUUGCGGUUAUUGGUUUCUGCGAUUGGAGAACGUAGAGUGUUAUCAACAGGGCUUCUAAUGGAAUUCUUCAACGCAGCAAUUCUGAGUGUUUCAUGGUCAGCAUGGGUUCCUUAUGCCGCGACCGUGCUUGUACCCGGAGUAAUGUUCGUAAUGCCAUCUGUUUCUGGUAUUGCCUCAAGACAAGUUGGAUCCGCAGAACAGGGGAAGGUCCUGGGUUGCAUAUAUGGGGUAAAGUCAUUUGCAGAAGUCGUAGCUCCAUUUGUAUAUAGUCCAUUGACAGCUUUGUUUCUCUCCGACAAUGCACCGUUCUAUUUCCCUGGAUUCAGCAUUCUAUGCAUCGCCUUAUCCUUGAUGAUUGGAUUCAUACAGAGUCUUAUGAUAAAAGAUGUUCCCUCUCCGUCAACGAAGAUUGUAAUUAGCAGCACUUCAAACGAGGAAGCUUGAUAAGUAAUACCUCAUGAAGCUAUGUAUGUAAACUAUGUAUAUGCUGGGAAAUCUUGAAGGUAAAAUAAUUUUCUAACACCCAUAUAUAAUUUUACAACAAUUAAUUUGUUGUGUUUCUUUUUCUCACAACAAAAGCUUCAUGAAA